GAACGGGUGAGGCAUUCGAACUCGCUCCAUUCUCUUCUCUCUCUAUCUCUCCUCCGAAACCACAACUGAGGAUUGCAGAGAAGAAGCAGAAGAGAAGUACCACCACCCCCCGUUUUAUCACCGAGAACCAGUCUUAAGAGAAAUGGCGUCUCACAUUGUUGGAUACCCCCGCAUGGGCCCCAAGAGAGAGCUCAAGUUUGCCUUGGAGUCCUUCUGGGAUGGCAAGAGCAGUGCCGAAGAUUUGAAAAAGGUGUCUGCUGAUCUCAGGUGCUCCAUCUGGAAGCAGAUGGCUGACGCCGGGAUCAAGCACAUUCCCAGCAACACUUUCUCUUACUACGAUCAGGUCCUAGACACCACCGCCUUGCUCGGGGCUGUUCCACCUAGAUACGGCUGGAACGGUGGCGAGAUUGGAUUCGACACUUACUUCUCCAUGGCCAGAGGAAAUGCCUCUGUUCCUGCUAUGGAGAUGACCAAGUGGUUCGAUACCAACUACCAUUUCAUUGUCCCUGAGUUGGGUCCUGAAGUCAAGUUCUCAUAUGCUUCCCACAAGGCUGUUGAGGAAUACAAGGAGGCUAAAGCUCUUGGAGUUGAUACAGUCCCAGUCCUUGUUGGUCCAGUGUCGUACUUGUUGCUCUCGAAACCAGCAAAGGGUGUUGAGAAGACAUUCUCACUUCUCUCUCUUCUAGGAAAGAUCAUUCCUGUUUACAAGGAAGUUAUAUGUGAGCUCAAGGCAGCUGGAGCUUCAUGGAUUCAGUUUGAUGAGCCCACACUUGUUAUGGAUCUUGAUUCUCACAAGUUGCAAGCAUUCACUGAUGCCUACUCUCAGCUAGAAUCAACACUGUCUGGCUUGAAUGUUCUUAUUGAGACCUACUUUGCCGAUGUACCUGCUGAGGCAUUCAAGACCCUUACUUCCUUGAAGGGCGUGACUGCCUAUGGUUUUGAUUUAGUUCGUGGUACUAAGACCCUUGAGUUGAUCAAGAGUCACUUCCCUAAAGGAAAGUACCUCUUUGCUGGAUUGGUUGAUGGAAGGAACAUUUGGGCUAAUGACCUCUCAGCUUCCCUCAGUACAUUGCAGGCCCUUGAAGGCAUUGUUGGCAAAGACCACCUUGUUGUCUCUACCUCCUGCUCUCUUCUUCACACUGCUGUUGAUCUUGUCAAUGAGACUAAGCUGGACAAUGAAAUCAAAUCGUGGCUCGCUUUUGCUGCCCAGAAAAUUGUUGAAGUUAAUGCUUUGGCAAAGGCAUUGGCCGGUCACAAGGAUGAGGCCUUUUUCUCAAGCAAUGCCGCAGCUCAAGCUUCAAGGAAAUGUUCCCCAAGGGUGACCAAUGAGGCUGUUCAAAAGGCUGCCGCGGCUUUGAAGGGUUCUGACCACCGUCGUGCUACUAAUGUGAGUGCCAGACUCGAUGCUCAACAGAAGAAGCUUAAUCUUCCAAUUCUCCCAACUACCACCAUUGGAUCAUUCCCUCAGACCAUUGAACUCAGAAGGGUCCGCCGUGAAUACAAGGCCAAAAAGAUCUCUGAGGAGGAGUAUGUGAAGGCCAUUAAGGAGGAGAUUAGCAAAGUUGUCAAGCUGCAGGAAGAGCUUGACAUUGAUGUCCUUGUUCAUGGGGAGCCUGAAAGAAACGACAUGGUUGAGUACUUCGGAGAGCAAUUAUCUGGGUUUGCCUUUACUGUCAAUGGGUGGGUGCAAUCUUAUGGAUCUCGAUGUGUGAAGCCCCCAAUCAUCUAUGGUGAUGUGAGCCGCCCAAAGCCAAUGACUGUGUUCUGGUCAUCUGCUGCUCAGAGCAUGACUGCCCGCCCAAUGAAGGGAAUGCUUACAGGCCCUGUUACCAUCCUCAACUGGUCCUUUGUUAGAAAUGACCAGCCCAGGUCUGAGACUACCUACCAGAUUGCUUUGGCCAUCAAGGAUGAAGUGGAGGAUCUCGAGAAAGCUGGUAUCAAUGUUAUUCAAAUUGAUGAGGCUGCAUUGAGAGAAGGGUUGCCUCUCAGGAAGUCUGAGCAAGCUCACUACUUGGACUGGGCUGUGCACUCAUUCAGGAUCACCAAUGUUGGUGUGCAGGACACUACUCAGAUUCACACUCACAUGUGCUAUUCCAACUUUAACGAUAUCAUCCACUCAAUCAUCAACAUGGAUGCUGAUGUGAUCACCAUUGAGAAUUCUCGCUCUGAUGAGAAGCUCCUGUCAGUCUUCCGCGAGGGAGUGAAGUAUGGUGCUGGUAUUGGUCCUGGUGUUUAUGACAUUCACUCUCCAAGAAUACCAUCAACUGAGGAGAUCGCCGACCGGAUUAACAAGAUGCUUGCAGUCCUCGAGACAAAUAUCUUGUGGGUUAACCCAGACUGUGGGCUUAAGACUCGCAAGUACGCUGAGGUGAAGCCAGCCCUCAGUGCCAUGGUUGCUGCUGCCAAGCAACUCCGCACCCAGCUUGCCAGUGCUAAAUGAGGAUUUGAUGAAAGUUGGGGCAUUCAAAUGAAUUGAAGGAUUCAACGCAUCUUACUUGGAUUUACAAAUCAUGUUUGAUUGUUUAAUAACUGUGUGAUGAAAUAUCUUAUUAGCGUUUUAAUGUCCUUUUACUGGCUUCUUUUUUUGUUUUCUUGUUAUAUUUUGUAUUUUUGAGGCUCUGCCUCCUAUCAAUUUUAAAGGGCAUCAAACUGCUUUGCUUGGUGUA